CCAAAGCCCUGACACCUGGAGCUACUGCUUGGUUCUCUGAGAGGCUGCAGCACCCUGCAAACUGAGUCCAGAUCUGGUAAGUCACCACCUCCUUAGGGUCAAGCCCAUCUGAUCUGCAGCCAGCCAGUCAGGGAGGUUGACAUGCAGCCCAAGGUGGCAGAGAGAAUUUUCUUGUCUGUUUUCAGAUGAACAGAUUUAGGCUUUGAUUUUUCCUCUAAAUGUAGUUUUGUCUUCAUCCCCCAAAAUUUGAUUUGUGCUUGGUUUUUGUCAUUUCAAAAUUCUUAUCGAAGCAUUUUUUUUUUAACUAGAGAUAUUAAAAAGUUACAACUGGUUGAAUUUUUAUUUCACGACAUUUGAAAUUAUUUGUUUUUGUGCCCUUAAAUUACAGUUCAUAGAUUUGGUGGCAUUGUGAUUUUACAUGUUAGGACUUCAUUUUUACUAAAACCUUAAAGAUAUUCCAUAAACCAUUCUCAAGAGUGGAGUCUUUGUUCUGAACAUGGGAUCAAUUUUUUUCCCCUAGAUGCCAUCCCAAAGUGGGUCAUUGUGAGUCUGUAAGAGAUCAACAUUGGAAUCUUCAUCUGAGAGUUAGUGUUUUUAUCUCUAACUUUCACAGCUCUAGAACACUCUCAUGCUGUUUUUACAAUUUCUUGUUACAAUUUUUCAAAAUAAAAAAUAAUGGCACUGAUUCCAAGGAGUCCCUUUAGUCUUCUGCAAGCAUGUUAAUUGUGGGAACUGAGAAUGUAGGCUAUGUGGGGCCACAGGACAUUCUCGUUCCCAUUGUUUUAGGGUAGUAAGUGACAAGAAAUAUUUUCUCAAAAAGGUGGAGCUUAGCUUUCAGGAUUCUCAGCAAUGCUUCCCGGUGUUACUGAGAUUUAGCGCAGUAAUGGUUGAAAAUGAAUGGGCCAGUGGUCACCUUGCCUUUCCUCAUUGUUUGGAAGACAUUCUUCACGGUACCAGCAGGGGCAGAAUUACGGAUUUGUGUCCAGAAAGUGCAGAGUGGAAUUGGGGUGAACUAAUUACCUUUCCACCUCUACGAGAGCAAUGAUAUUGGCACUAGGAGAUGAUGAAGUGAUGUGAUUUGCCAUAAGAAUGAUGUUUUUUUCUCUAGAUUCAUCAGGAUGAGCCUCCAGGCCCCACCCAGACUCCUGGAGCUGGCUGAGCAGAGUCUGCUGAGGGACCGGGCCUUGGCCAUCCCCACCCUGGAGGAGCUGCCCCGGGACCUCUUUCCCUCACUGUUCAUGGGGGCCUUUACCAGGAGAUGCUGCGAGACCCUGAAAACUAUGGUCCAGGCCUGGCCCUUCACCUGCCUUCCUCUAGGUUCCUUGAUGAAGUCGUGUAAUCUAGAGACCUUUCGAGCUGUGCUAGAGGGGCUUGAUGCACUGCUUGCCCAGAAGGUUCGCCCCAGGCGGUGGAAACUUCAAGUGCUGGACUUGCGGAACGUGGAUGAGAACUUCUGGGGCAUAUGGUCUGGAGUUUCUGCAACCUCCCCAGAGGCCCUGAGUAAGAGACGAACAGCAGGGAACUGUCUAAGGCCAGGUGGGCAGCAGCCCUUGACAGUGAUCCUAGACCUUUGCUUCAAGAAUGGGACGCUGGAUGAAUGCCUCACCCACUUCUUAGAGUGGGGCAAUCGGAGAAAAGGCUUACUGCACGUGUGUUGCAAGGAGCUGCAGAUUUUUGGAAUAGCCAUCCACAGGAUCACAGAGGUCCUGAACAUGGUGGAGCUAGACUGUAUCCAGGAGGUGGAAGUGUGCUGCCCCUGGGAGCUGUCCAUUCUUAUAAGGUUUGCCCCUUACCUGGGCCAGAUGAGGAAUCUCCGCAAACUUGUUCUCUUCAACAUCCAUGUCUCUGCCUGCAUUCCCCUAGACAGGAAGGAGCAGUUUGUCACCUGGUUCACCUCUCAGUUCCUCAAGCUGGACUACUUCCAGAAGCUUUACAUGCACUCUGUCUCUUUCCUCGAAGGCCACCUGGACCAGCUGCUCAGGUGUCUCCAGGCCCCCUUGGAGACAGUUGUAAUGAACGACUGCCUGCUGUCAGAGUCGGACUUGAAGCAUUUCUCUUGGUGCCCGAGCAUCCGUCAGCUAAAAGAGCUGGACCUGAGGGGCAUCGCACUGACCCAUUUCAGCCCUGAGCCCCUCGCAGUUCUGCUGGAGCAAGUUGAGGCCACCCUGCAGACCCUGGACUUAGAGGACUGUGGGAUCGUGGAUUCCCAACUCAGCGCCAUCCUGCCUGCCCUGAGCCGCUGCUCCCAGCUCAGCACCUUCAGCUUCUGUGGGAACCUCAUCUCCAUGGCCGCCCUGGAGAACCUGCUGCGCCACACCGUUGGGCUGAGCAAGCUAAGCCUGGAGCUGUAUCCUGCUCCUCUGGAGAGUUAUGAUGCCCAGGGUGCUCUCUGCUGGGGGAGAUUUGCUGAACUUGGGGCUGAGCUGAUGAAGACACUGAGGGACUUAAGGCAGCCCAAGAUCAUUGUGUUCAGCACCGUCCCCUGCCCUCGCUGUGGCAUCAGGGCCUCCUAUGACUUGGAGCCCAGUCACUGCCUCUGUUGAAUGCCUGCCAUCAGGGUGGGUAUAUUUAAAGCUUUCUUCUGGUCAUUUGGGAGCUGAAACCUAGGCCAUGAGUGUAUGUUAAAGGGAGCACAGACCCAUCGUUUCAGAAGCCUGCUCAGUGUGAAUGAGAAAGGAAAGGGGAUGCAGGAGGGGUGGGACUGGGGGAAAAGUUGAGUUGGAGUUGAUAGGAGCUUUAGAGACCUUUGUCCCAGAGAAUCAGAAAUGGGAAUCUGAAUUGCUAGAAUGAGAAUCAGGUAGGAGAGACACAUGAGAGAGUUACCCCUGCAUGGAUGAUUGUAAAGAAACAGUCAGAAAUAAAGGGAAGCUGAGUGGAAA